CUUCUUUUGAGUAGCCCAUUGGAGGACCAAAGGUCCGCCCUUCUUUCCGGCACCCCUGCCCCUUUGCCCAGUACUUUUCCAUCCUACCCUGUUGCCUUUUUCCAGCUACCUUGACAGGGUUGUGUCCUCCUGGCUGUUUCAGGUACUGCCUAUGAAUUCCGCUGCUCUUUCAGAGGCCAGAGAGAAGCCGCUGCGUGUGGAAGUCAAAGAAGAGGGUGGCAGAAGUGGGUCCCCUUCAGGUGACAGCUGGCUGAAUCAGCAGGAGGGUAAUCCACAGCCGGAAAGGCCAACCCAAGAAGACCCUCAUUUGCAAUGUCAGGAUAACAAAACAGCUUUCCUGCCUUAUUCAGAGCAUGAAGAUGGGAAGCCACCCGGAAGACAGUCUGAAUGAUCCUGAGAGAAACCCUGGGGAUUUCCCAAAGAUCCCUCCCAAAGGCAAGAAGCAAAGGACUUGUGGCGUCUGUGGAAAGAGCUUCAGCCGCAGCACCGGCCUGAUCGCACAUCAGAGAAUCCACACUGGGGAGAAGCCGUACGAGUGUCCUGACUGCGGGAAAUCCUUCACAUUGAAGUCGAACCUGAUAGCCCACGAAAGGACUCACAAUGGGCAGAAACCGUACGAGUGCCAGCAGUGUGGGAAAAGCUUCAGCGUGAGCUCGCAGCUCAUUAAGCACAAGAGGACUCACUCGGGGGAGAAACCGUACAAAUGCGCUGAGUGCGGGCAGGCGUUCCGCCAAAGCUCGCACCUUAGAAACCACCAGAGAAUCCACACGGGAGACCGGCCGUUCAAGUGCUCAGACUGCGGGAAAAGCUUCAGCGUGAGCUCAGACCUGAUCCGGCACGAAAUAUCGCACACGGGGGAGAAACCGUACCAGUGUCCCGACUGCGGCAAGCGCUUCUGCAACAGUUCGCAGAUUAUUACUCACCGGAGAGUCCACACGGGGGAAAAGCCGUACAAAUGCCUGGAGUGCGGGAAAAGCUUCACCGUGAGCCAGCAGCUCAGCAGGCACCAGCGAGUCCACACGGGAGAGAAGCCAUACAAAUGUCCCGAAUGCGGGAAAACCUUUGGUGUCAGCACACUCCUUACGGGACACCUGAGAAUCCACACCGGAGAAAAACCGUACGAAUGUUCGGAAUGUGGGAAAAGCUUCAGGCUGCGCUCAAACCUUAUUGCACAUCAGAAAAUACACACCGCAAGGAAAUCCGAAUAUGGGGAUUUGGACGCCAGAAAUGGGGAAGACUAUUGGAAGGCGAGAGAUGAGACCCGAGGAAGUGAGUCUGCCACCCUGGACAUGCAGCGGAAACUCUUCAGGGAAUUCCACUACCAGGACGCUGAGUGCCCCCGCAAGGCCUGCAGCCGCCUGUGGCAUCUUUGCCAUCACUGGCUGAAGCCGGAGAGGUCCUCCAAAGAGCGGAUCCUGGAGCUGCUGAUCCUGGAGCAGUUCCUGGCCAUCCUGCCCCUGGAGAUGCAGAGCUGGGUCAAAGAUGGCUGCCCAGAGACCUGCGCCCAGGCGGUGGCUUUGGCCAAGGACUUCCUGGUGAGGCAAAGAGAGGCUGAGGAACCAAAACAGCAGGUGAGGGCGCUUUGGGCUGCCGCUGUCGGGAGGCAGGGCUUUGAAUUGCACUCCGGCAACAGGGAUGACAUCGGGGGCUGGACGGAUGCCGGUGAUGGACGGGUGACUGAGAACAAGGAGGAGACUCCUCUGACGGAAAAUCCUGAUUGUUUGCCGCCUCCAAGCCAAAAAGGUGGGCGCCCUGAGAGGCGAAGGGGAAAUCAUCUGGGAGGGAGUGCUGCACAUUCUGUCCUUCAUGCCAGAAGGAAGGAGGCGUUGGAGGAAAACACCCACAAAGACGAUAAACGACACAAGUGUGCAGUGUGCAGACGAGGGUUCAGUCGGCCCACGGGUCUCACCGCGCAUCAGCGGAUCCACACAGGCGAGAAACCCUACAAGUGCGUGGAGUGUGGGAAAAGCUUCAGUUUGAAGUCAACCCUCGUGGCCCACGCAAGGACCCACACGGGCGAGAAGCCGUACACCUGCACGCACUGCGGGAAAAGCUUCGCUGUGAGCUCGGACCUCACUCGACACUACCGGACCCACACGGGAGAGAAACCCUACAAGUGCUCAGAGUGCGGGAAGUGCUUCCGGCAGAGCUCCUCGUUCAGCAGCCACCUGAGGAUCCACAUGGGAGAACAGCCGUUCCGGUGUUCGUGCUGCGGGAAGAGCUUCGCCAUGUGCUCGUACCUCACCAAACAUUACCGGACCCACACCAGAGAGAAGCCGUACAAAUGCUCGGACUGCGGGCGCCGGUUCCGGCAACACUCCUCUUUCGCCAACCACCUGAAAAGCCACCGGGGAGAGCUGCCUUUCAAAUGCUCCGACUGUGGGAAAUCCUUCAGCGUGAGCACGUUCCUGAUCAGACACGAGAGAAUCCACACGGGGGGAAAGCCCUACCGGUGCCCGGAUUGCGGGAGGAGCUUCGGGCACAACUCUCAGCUCAUUUCGCACCGGCGCGUUCACACGGGGGAGAAGCCGUACAAGUGUCCUGAGUGCGGGAAAAGGUUUACCGCUAGCUCUCUCCUCCGGGGACACCAGAGAAUCCACACCGGUGAGAAACCGUACAGCUGCGGGGUUUGCGGAAAGACGUUCAGCCUGAGGUCCAACUUCCGCAGGCAUCAGAGCACUUACACGGGGGAGAAGCCGUUUAAGUGCUUAGCCUGUGGGAAAAGCUUCAUUACGAGUUCAGAUCUUCUUGCACACAAGAGAACCCACGCAGGAAAUAAUAAAUAA